AUGUCAGAAUAUAUUGGCACAAUAGCUGCAUUUGAUGGUACUAUAGAGGACUGGGCUACAUAUAUUGAGAGAGUGCAGUUGUAUUGUGUUGUUAACGCAGUGCAAGGAGACAGGAAGGUUCCAGUAUUACUCAGUGUAAUGGGUGCCCAAACAUACAGUCUGCUGAGGAGUUUAAUAGCACAUGAGAAGCCAGCCAACAAGUCCUUUACUGACAUUGUGGACAUUUUACAAAAGCACUUAAACCCCAAACCAUUAGUGAUUGCUGAAAGAUUCAGGUUUCACAGAAGGAAUCAAUGUGAAAGUGAAAGCAUUUCUAAAUACAUUGCAGAGCUGAGGAAGUUAUCUGAACACUGUGCAUUUGGAGCAGGGUUAUCAGAUGCUCUAAGAGACCGUUUAGUUUGUGGGAUGAAAAGUGCAAGUACACAAAAGAAAUUGCUGGCUGAGCCUGACCUGACCUUAGAGCGAGCACUGGCCAUAACUAUUUCACUGGAGACUGCAACCAGGGAUGCAUCAGAAUUGAAGCAAAAGGCACCAGAAUGUACUCCCAAUCCAGUUCAUUUGUAUCAGAGACUGUCCUGUGUUUGCUGUGGGAAGUCCUCACAUGAUGCCAGUCAGUGCUGGUUUAAAGACAAAGUGUGUAGAAAAUGUAAGAAAAGAGGCCAUAUUGAAAGGGUGUGCCAGUCAGGGAAAACACCAAACCGCUCGCAAGUAUCCAAAGUUCCCGGGAGAAAAUAUACAACAUCCCAGGUACAUAAAGUAGCCGACAAUGAAUCAGACUCUACUGAUAGUACUGGUACAGAAAAAGGGUUAUGCAGCCUAGAGAUGCACUCUAUGGGGCUACAAUCUACUGCAUCUGAUGUAUCCAACAAUGACGCAGCUAUUAAGGAACUUUCUAAAUUGUUAGCUGCCGCACAACCCAUUUUCCAACAAGGGAUAGGCACGUUAAAGGACAUUAAGGCCAGUAUAGAGUUGGAUCCACAUGCCGUUCCAAAGUUUUGUAAAGCUCGCACAGUACCUUAUGCCAUCCGACCAGCGGUUGAGGAGGAACUACGGAAACUGGAAGACUCUGGUAUACUCUCCCCAGUGGAAUGGAGUGAAUGGGCUACGCCCAUAGUUCCGAUGGUAAAGAAAGACAAAAUGGGAAGUAUCCGUAUUUGCGGAGAUUUCAAAAUGACAAUAAAUCCAGUACUACGGACUGUGCAGUAUCCUUUGCCUAAAAUAGAGGACAUCUUUGCAGCUCUCUCAGGGGACGACCGCUUCUCCAAAAUUGACCUAGCUCAAGCGUACUUGCAAAUGGAAAUUGAGGAGGCAUCUAAGAAAUAUUUAACCAUCAAUACUCACAAAGGUUUAUUACAAUAUAUCCGUCUUGUGUUUGGACUUUCUUCUGCCCCAGCAUUAUGGCAGAGAGCAAUGGAUCAAGUCCUACAAGGAAUACCAGGUACGCAAUGUUACCUGGAUGAUAUAAUUGUAACAGGCAAAGAUGAUGUGGACCACUUAAAUAAUCUGGAAAAAGUAUUAACCCGACUACAGGAAUAUGGACUCAGAGUAAAUAAAGAUAAAUGUGCAUUUUUCCAAGAAAGCAUUUCAUAUUGUGGACAUGUGAUUGAUAGAGAAGGCCUGCACAAAUCAAAUGAUAAAAUUGAGGCAGUACUACAAGCACCCCAGCCACAGUCUGUGUCACAACUGAGAUCUUACCUGGGCCUAGUUAAUUAUUAUCACAAGUUCUUACCAGACCUCUCUACAGUAAUACACCCGCUAAAUGCCCUACUACAGAAAAAUGCACGAUGGAAGUGGACAAAAGACUGUGAGAAAGCAUUCUCAGAAACAAAAAGAUUGAUUACAUCUGAUAAAGUCCUUACUCAUUUUGAUCCGAAACUACACAUCAGGCUGGCGUGUGAUGCGUCACCGUACGGCAUUGGAGCAGUGUUAUCACAUCAACUGAGAGAUGGUAGCGAGAAGCCAAUAGCGGUUGCUUCACGGUCUUUGACAGUGGCAGAGAAGAAUUAUGCGCAAAUUGAUCGAGAGGCCUUAAGUUUAGUAUGGGGAGUGAAGAAAUUUCAUCAAUUUUUGUAUGGGCAAAGAUUUACAUUAAUUACGGAUCAUCAACCACUGGUAUCAAUUUUUAACCCCCACAAGGGAGUCCCAGCCAUGACUGCAGCUCGGCUUCAAUGUUGGUCAUUAUUCCUGGGUGCUCAUAUAUAUGACAUUGAGUUUAAAGGAACAAAACUACAUGGCAACGCUGAUGGUCUAUCGCGUUCUCCCUUGCCCCCAAUGAAAGACCCGGUACUAUCAAAAGUAAUGAACUUAGCUCUCAAAGUAAUACCACCUAAACUGCGAAACAGAGUUUUGGAAAAUUUGCAUGAGGGUCACCAAGGCACAGUAAAAAUGAAGAAUCUUGCUAGAAGCUAUGUAUGGUGGCCAGGAAUCGAUGGUCAAAUUGAAACUUUGACAAAAGGGUGUGAAGGAUGUCAAAGAGUUCAAAAUGCACCACCUUUAGCCCCGUUACACCCCUGGGAAUGGCCUUCAUCUCCAUGGCAGCGGGUACAUAUUGACUUUGCUGGUCCAUUCAUGGAUUGUAUGUUUCUUAUUGCAGUGGACGCUCAUUCAAAAUGGCCAGAGGUAAUAAAGAUGAAAUCCACUACUUCUGAGAAAACUAUUGAUGUGCUGCGAACCAUCUUUGCUAGAAAUGGUCUACCGGACCAAGUGUGCAGUGACAAUGGGCCACAGUUUGUGUCCAUGGAAUUCAAAAAGUUCAUGCAAGACAAUGGAAUUAAACAUUUUACAUCAGCUCCACACCAUCCAGCCACUAACGGUUUGGCUGAGAGAUUUGUCCAAACAUUCAAAAAAGCUAUCAAGUCCAUGCACCAUGAACAUCUACCUUUGCAACACAAGAUUGACAACUUCUUGUUUAUUUAUCGUAGGACUGAGCACUCCACUACCGGUCAGCCUCCUGCGGUGCUAUUUAUGCAACGGAACUUACGGUCUCAGUGGGACUUGAUAAAACCGGAUGUAAGGCGGAAGGUACAUAACAAACAGUUUCAAUCAGUUUAUCAGAAACCUACUCGGUUCUUCCACAUUGGCCAAGAGGUUCUGGUCCUUGAUUAUAGAGGAGACAAAUGGCAACCGGGAAUAGUUUCUUCCAAAUCCGGCCCUCUGAUGUACGUGAUUGAAGUUGGAGGAGAAUUGUGGCGUCGCCACAUUGAUCAAAUCAUUGAGGCUGGGAGCCAAACUGACUGUACGUCGACAGUUGGACAUAGUCAAGCCAGUGAUGUGGGGGUUUAUGUAUACCCCUCUGGAACUGAUACAGAGACUGUUCCUGACACUGUGGAGGAAAUGUACCCCUCUGGGUCAGAUACAGAGACUGUUCCCAAACCUGUUAUGGAGUCACCUGAGCAUGAGGUUCCCUUAGUAACAACUGAUCCUGAACCUUCUAGUGUGAUUUCUGUGGAGCAGCCAGUCACUCUGGGAGUUAAAAAUCGGUAUCCAGACAGAGUUCGUAAGGCACCUCAAAGGCUUAAUUUGUAG